AUAUAUAUAUAUGUCCCACAAUGCAAAGUUUCUUAAAGAAUAUAACAAGUAAAGAGCAAAAUGAGAAACCGAGUAGAAGAAAAGUUCCUAGAGUUCUACGAGAAUUGGGUCAUUCAACUUGAGCAAUAUCUUCAUCAACUUUUAAUUGCUCAUAACACCACUAUGAGUGAGAUCGAGCUUAGAGCUUUGAUCUCGAAGCUAACCACACAUCACAAAGCUUAUUAUACGGCAAAAUGGGCAGCCAUAGGAGAAGAUGUCUUAGCCUUCUUCGGACCGGUUUGGCUAACCCCGUUAGAGAAAGCUUGUUUCUGGUUAACCGGAUGGAAACCUUCGACGGUGUUUCGGAUGGUUGAUAGGCUGAGGAAGUCGAGGUUGGUACUUGUGGAGGCUCAGGUGAGAAAACUGGAGGAGCUGAGAGCUAAGACCAAGUUCGAGGAGCAAAAAAUUGAGAGAGAGGUUGAGCGGUAUCAGGUGGCUAUGGGUGAUAGGAAGAUGGUUGAGCUUGCGAGGCUUGGAUGUCACGUAGGAGGAGAAUCUGUGGUGGUGGUUGAGGCAGCGGUGAAGGGUUUGGCGACGGGGCUCGAGAAGAUGGUGAAGGCGGCGGAUUGUGUGAGGCUGAAAACGCUUAAAGCGAUGAACAACAACGGCGAGGAGGAACGAUUCCUGGAACCAACCCAGAAAGAAUAAACGACAGCUCCAUUCUUUCUCUUUUAAAACUAUAUCAAAUCCCUAAAAGCUGAGAAAAUUUUGAAAUUAAAACUGCAAUCUCAAAAAUGAUUUUGUAAAACUUGAGAAACUAGAUAUUCUGUUAUGGUGUUCAAUUGAUAAUCAAGAUAGAUCUAAAAUACAAACUUUGAUAUUAUAAUUUGUGAAUUCUGGGUUUAUGUUCGUAUUUGAAUUUCAGAGUAUAACUAGUAUAACUAAGUAAAACUAUUGUGAUUUUAAAAUACAAGUACAACUAGAUAAAACUAGUAAGAUGAAAUGGUUUCAGCAACAUUCAUAGAGAAUGACUCAACGACGAUGAACGAAAAUUGUGAUUUUUGGGUUUAUGUUUGUAUUUGAAUUUAUGGAUAUAACUAGGUAAAACUAGUGCAAUUUUGAAAUAUUAGUAGAAAUAGAUAAAACUAGUAAGAUUUUCUAUGUAAUACUAGUAUGUAAAACUAUCCGGUAAAUUAGAGAAUUUGGAUCAUUCAGUAGUGUAGAGAUGAAAUAGUUUCAGCAGCAUUCACAGUGAACGACUCAACAACGACGAACAACUCAACAACAAUAUGUAGAAACAACGGCGACGAUGAACGACUCAACGACGAUGAACAACUCAACUGCGAGCGACCUCUGUAACCAAUUCAGGAAGAAAAAACAACGGGGAUGAACGACUCAACGAUGAUGAUCAAAUCAACGGCGAGCGAUCUCUGUAACCAAUUAAGGAAGAAGAAACAGCGGAGAUGAACGACUCAACAAUAAUAAGAAAACCCGGUAUGAUGGCGGCGAUAAACCAACUCGGGAAGAAGUACAAGCCAACCGUGAGUGACUCCAUGAAUAAGUAGUUGGAUUUGAUUGAACAAGUAGAACUAGAUAAAACUCAUUCGGUUUGCUUAAGAAGAGAUUCAUGA